UCUCUCUCUCUCUCUAUCUCCAGUGGGGACAUAUAUUUCUCUCACUAUAAACCUACUAGAUUUUGUAUACUCCUACGUUGCCUUAUUUUCUUCUCAAUCAAUGGCUGCUGCUCUAGAGUGCUGGUCUGGCCGCGCCAGUACGGACGAGGACAUGGUGGAGCAAGUUCUGAUGCGUACGCACGACAGAUCGGAUAAUUCAUCUUCUUCUUCCUCCACCUCUACUCUCCCCGUUGGCUUAAAGGACUCCUCCUCGUCGUCGUCGGCGAUGCAGAAGCGGUUCCAGAAGUUCAGCCGCAAUGUCUCCGAGGCUAUUGCCUCAUUUAAGAACUCACUUAACAUAGACUCGGUUCGCGACUCGAUGAAUCAGCAGCUUGCACCGCCUCGGAUCGAUGGCUGCCGUAAGGUGGUUUGGAGCAGCGUCGUUAGAAGUUUGACGCAGCUUUACCCUGGUAGCCAGCUCCCCGAGAAGCUUGUCUCCAACAUCCGCAAACACUACGAUUCAAUGCCACUCAGUUAUUUGCAGGCAGAUUUUGAUUUGAAAGAGGUAUUUAUGCAUAUUAAAUUAAUAGAGCAGGCGUCUGAGGAAGAACAACCUGUUAUUAUGAUUCAAGAGGUGUCGGAUGAUGAUGAUGAUGAAGUUCAAGGCUCCCUGUUUAAGCUCACAUUUGCCUGCAACUCCUCAAUUUCAUGGUCAUCCAUGUCAAACGCACUUGACAGUGCUUCUAUUUCCUGCAAGAAGAUACAACUCUUUGAAAAAAAAGGAUUUACUCUAGGUGUUGUCUUGCUUAGUGUUCAAGAAGGGCAAGAUCUGUCGUUCAAAUCUGGAAUCGAGAAUGUUGUAAAGUCAGCUUUUAAGAAACCUAAAUCGACUACGAUGAAGUUAUCAUUUGGAUUAUGUGGCUGCCAAGAAGAGACCGGAAGAGGGAAGGAAGAACCGACGGAUUUCGUGGAGGAUUCAGAGAGCUUAAAUUCAAAGAUUCAACUUCAGAUACCUUUACCUUCGUUAUGUUUCUCAGUUUCAGUUGACGAAUGGCAAACUAUUCAAUCAGGUGGUGAGGAGAUAGAGAAAUGGUACUUGAAUGCUGAUUAUCUUGAGUUUGUUGAUCAGAUUAGUCCGGGUACAUUCAAGGGAGUAUAUAAAGGGAAGAAAGUUGGGAUAGAGAAACUAAGAGGUUGUGAAAAGGGAAAUUCUUAUCGGUUUGAGAUCAGGAAAGACCUGCUAGAGUUAAUGACUUGUGGGCAUAAAAAUAUGUUACAGUUUCAUGGUGUCUGUAUUGACGAGAUUCAUGGGUUAUGUGUAGUGACCAAAUUCAUGGAGGGUAGUUCAAUGCAGAGUUUAAUCCUAAAGAACAAGAAGCUUCAGACUAAGGAGAUUAUAAAGAUGGCUUCUGAUGUUGCAGAAGGGGCCAAGUUCAUCAAUGAUCACGGUGUUGCAUAUAAAGAUCUUAAUACACAGAGGAUAUUGUUGGAUCGCCAUGGAAACGCUUGCUUGGGAGAUAUGGGAGUAGUUAUGGCUUGUAACAAGGGUGUUGGCGACGCCAUGGAAUAUGAAACAGAUGGAUACAGGUGGCUAGCUCCAGAGAUCAUUGCUGGGGACCCAGAAAGUGUUAGUGAAACAUGGAUGAGUAAUGUGUAUAGUUAUGGGAUGGUUAUUUGGGAGAUGGUGAGUGGUGAGGUGGCAUACUCAUCGUAUUCACCUGUUCAGGCAGCCGUGGGUAUAGCUGCUUGUGGACUUAGACCGGAGAUCCCAAAGGAUUGUCCACAAAUGCUUAGUUCAGUGAUGAUUAAAUGCUGGAACAUUUGCCCUUCCAAACGUCCACGUUUCUCAGAGAUUUUGUCCAUGUUGCAGCGACCCAACAACAACAACACCAGUAGGUAAAACUAAAGGGGGUAUGUUUGGUUGCUAUAUAUAGAGCCUUAAUCUGAUCAUUAUUAUUAUUAGUCAGAUGUACAAAAUACCGCCUUACCACCAAAUAGGUAAUAAUAUUACUAUUAUGAAUACGGUGUUCCUUUUUCUUUC